GUUGAGUGUAUUUUUUAUUUUACGUAUGUAUUUGAAUUGUGUAAAAUAUUUAAAUAAUAUCUAGUCUAAGAGAAUAAGUCAGAAAGUAAACAGUGUAAGAAAGCCACAUCAGGUGCCAGUUUAUUGGCAUCAUGCCUUCAAUAGACAUGAUGGGUCCUCCGGGGCAGCCGCUAGACGCGGCGCCGGAGGAGCCUCAGGCGCCCCCGCCGCCGGUUAUCGGGAUCAUUUACCCACCACCAGAAGUCAGGAAUAUUGUGGAUAAGACGGCCAGUUUUGUAGCUCGCAACGGGCCCGAGUUUGAGGCGCGUAUCCGGCAGAACGAGCUCGGAAACCCCAAAUUCAACUUCCUCAACUCUGGGGACCCCUACCAUGCCUACUAUCAGCACAAGGUCAAGGAGAUCAGGGAAGGGAAAGACACCGGCCCGCCACCGUCCGCCGGCGGCCCGCCCGGCAUCCGCGGCGCCCUGGCCCCAGCUCAAGCGGCGCGACAGCAGGAGCUCCUCAAGGCCGCGGCCCCCGCCGAGCCCCCGCCGCCCCGCGACCCUCCCCCAGACUUCGAAUUCCUCGCCGACGCGCCCUCUAUCUCUGCUCUAGAGUUGGACAUCGUCAAGCUGACGGCUCAGUUCGUGGCGAGGAAUGGAAGGCAGUUCUUGACGGACUUGAUGAAAAAGGAGGAGAGGAAUCAUCAGUUUGACUUCCUUCGCCCACAGCAUUCUUUGUUCCAGUACUUUACCAGGUUACUGGAGCAAUACACCAAAGUGUUACUCCCACCAAAGGAGCUAACAUCAAAGCUCGGGCAGGAGAUCCGGACCGGGGCCCUCGACGCGGCCCGCGGGCGCGCCGCCUGGCUCGCGCACCAGGCGCGCCGCCGCGCGCAGGACGAGGCCCGCGUGGAGCGCGAGCGGCUCGCCUACGCCUGCGUCGACUGGCACGACUUCGUGGUCGUCGAGACUGUGGACUACCCGGCGGGGGAACCUGGCGACUUCCCCCCGCCCACCACACCACUGGAAGUCGGAGCGAGAGUGCUGGCGCAGGAACGCGGUGUGACUGCUCCUAUUGAUGACGAUACAGAAAUGCAGCUCGAGUCCGAAUCGGAAUCGGAAAGCGAUGAGGAACUGUCCACUAUGGAAGAUCGUACGCAGCAGCAGCGACCUGAUGAUACCCGCGUCCAAGACAUGGAGGAGGACAGUUCUUCGAGUGAGGACGAGCGCGCGCCGGCGCCUCCGCCGCCGCGUCGCCCCGCCCGCGAAGAGGCGCCGCUCCCGCCUCGUCUGGAUCGCGUCGUUGUCAAGCAAUACGAUCCGAAGCAGCCGCGACCGGCCCCCGCCCCGCCGGGCGACGAGUGGCUAGUCUCCCCUAUCACCGGGGAGAAGAUCCCCGCGAGCAAGGUCGCCGAUCACGUCCGCAUCGGUCUACUGGACCCUCGCUGGCUGGAACAGAGAGACCGCGCGGCGGCCGAACGCUCCGACCGCGACGAGGCGCUCGCCCCGGGCGCCGCGAUCGAAGCCAGCCUCAAGCAGCUCGCCGAGCGCCGUACCGAUAUCUUCGGUGUCGGGGACGAGGAAACGGCUAUCGGUAAAAAGAUCGGCGAAGAGGAGAAGCGACGCGACGACAGAGUCACUUGGGACGGGCACACGUCUAGCGUCGAAGCGGCCACGCGCGCCGCUCGCGCUCAUAUCACGCUUGAAGAUCAGAUUCAGCAGAUCCAUAAAGUCAAAGGGUUGUUGCCGGAUGAGGAGAAGGAGAAGAUAGGUCCGAAGCCCGUGUCGGCGCCGCCGCCGCCGCGCAUGGCGCCGCCGCCGCCGCGCAUGGCGCCGCCGCGGGCCGUGGCGCCGGCGCCCGUGCUGCUGCCGCCGCUGAUGGUGCUGCCGCCGAUGGCGCCGCGGCCGCCGCUGAUCGCGACGCCGGUGGCGGGGUACUACGCCCCGCCGGUCGAGGAGGACGAGCCGGCGGCGAAGCGCCCGAGGACGGAGGACACGCUCGAGCCGGAGUCUACGUGGUUAGCGCGCCACGGAGGCGGUAACGUAGGCGUGAGCGUGAUCCUCCCGGCUCUGCCGGAGCGCACGGAGUGGCGCCUGGACGGGCGCGCGCUGCCGCUGUCCAUCACGCUGAGCGCCUCCGUCGCCGACCUCAAGACCAUGCUGCAGCGCUCCACCAACAUGCCCAUCGCCAAACAGAAGCUGCAGUACGAGGGUCUAUUCUUCAAAGACAGCAACACACUGGCGUACUACAACGUGCCGCCCGGCGCGGUCAUCCAACUGCAAGUGAAGGAGAGAGGAGGACGCAAGAAGUAAAAGAGAGAGAGACAGUACAUGCUUAUUCUGGCAUUCAAGUGCAUAAGCU